UGCAUCUGGAUGUGAAGGGAGACCCAGAGAAGCGGAAGAGUUUAGAAGCACACUGGGUACGUUUGAAUUUGUUUUGUUUUUAGAAAUUAAACAAAUGAUCCUUCAACAUCGUCGCCUCUGCUGCUUUAUCAGGUAUUGCUUCCUUCUAUUUUUUGCCCUUUGUUGGGUCUGACACGGAAUAGUGACACUUCCUUCUCGGCCAGAAUAUUUUUAUCUGGAACUGCUGUCGUUCUUCUGAUGAUGCUGCCACUGACUGUCCGUUUCAUCGUCUAGUCCAACCCGUGUGUGUGGAUAUCCACAAGGUUCCGGCAAUAGCUUUGCAGGAGAAAGCUUCACAGCCUCAACCAUGAAGGAAAGCAGUCACAUAGGGCAUGGAGCUGGAGAACCAUGAACAGCCUGUGGUGCUGAGAGAGGACACCUGCCGCAGGCGCCGGAGGAUGAAGCCGCGCAGCACGGCGGCCAGCCUGUCCUCCAUGGAGCUCAUCCCCAUCGAGUUCGUGCUGCCCACCAGCCAGCGCAACACCAAGACCCCCGAAACGGCGCUGCUGCAUGUGGCCGGCCACGGCAACGUGGAGCAGAUGAAGGCCCAGGUGUGGCUGCGCGUGCUGGAGACCAGCGUGGCCGCCGACUUCUACCACCGGCUGGGCCCCGACCACUUCCUCCUGCUCUACCAGAAGAAGGGGCAGUGGUACGAGAUCUACGACAAGCACCAGGUGGUGCAGACCCUGGACUGCCUGCACUACUGGAAGGUGCUGCACCGGAGCCCCGGGCAGAUCCACCUGGUGCAGCGGCGCGCGCCCUCGGAGGAGACGCUGGCCUUCCAGCGCCAGCUCACCGCCCUCAUUGGCUACGACGUCACAGAUGUCAGCAACGUGCACGACGACGAGCUGGAGUUCACACGCCGCCGCCUGGUCACCCCGCGCAUGGCCGAGGUGGCUGGCCGCGACCCCAAGCUCUACGCCAUGCACCCCUGGGUGACGUCCAAGCCGCUCCCUGAGUACCUGCUGAAGAAGAUCACCAACAACUGCAUCUUCAUCAUCAUUCACCGUAGCACCACCAGCCAGACCAUCAAGGUCUCGGCCGAUGACACCCCGGGCGCCAUCCUCCAGAGCUUCUUUACCAAAAUGGCCAAGAAAAAGUCCCUGAUGGAUAUCCCCGAGAGCCAGAAUGAAGAGGACUUCGUGCUGCGUGUCUGCGGCCGUGAUGAGUACCUAGUGGGCGAGACGCCCAUCAAAAACUUCCAGUGGGUGCGGCAGUGCCUUAAGAACGGUGAAGAGAUUCACCUGGUGCUUGACGCUCCGCCGGACCCAGCCCUGGACGAGGUGAGGAAGGAAGAGUGGCCGCUGGUGGAUGACUGCACUGGAGUCACCGGCUACCAUGAGCAGCUGACCAUCCAUGGGAAGGACCACGAGAGCGUGUUCACUGUGUCCCUGUGGGACUGUGACCGCAAGUUCAGGGUCAAGAUCAGGGGCAUCGAUAUCCCCGUCCUGCCCCGGAAUGCAGAUCUCACGGUUUUUGUGGAGGCGAACAUCCAGUAUGGGCAGCAAGUCCUUUGCCAAAGAAGAACCAGCCCCAAACCCUUCACGGAGGAGGUGCUCUGGAAUGUGUGGCUUGAGUUCAGUAUCAAGAUCAAAGACUUACCCAAAGGGGCUCUGCUCAACCUCCAGAUCUACUGUUGCAAAGCGCCGGUUCUGUCUGGUAAGGCCUCUGCAGAGACUCCCAGUCCCGAGUCCAGAGGCAAAGCUCAGCUUCUCUACUAUGUGAACUUGCUGCUCAUCGACCACCGAUUCCUCCUACGCCACGGUGAGUACGUGCUCCACAUGUGGCAGUUAUCUGGGAAGGGGGAAGACCAAGGGAGCUUCAAUGCAGACAAGCUCACAUCUGCCACCAACCCCGACAAGGAAAACUCAAUGUCCAUCUCCAUUCUCCUGGACAAUUACUGUCACCCCAUUGCCUUGCCUAAGCAUCAGCCCACCCCUGACCCGGAAGGGGACCGGGUACGAGCAGAAAUGCCCAACCAACUUCGGAAGCAACUGGAGGCAAUCAUAGCCACUGAUCCACUUAACCCUCUCACUGCAGAAGACAAAGAAUUGCUUUGGCAUUUCAGAUAUGAAAGCCUUAAGGAUCCCAAAGCAUACCCUAAGCUCUUUAGCUCAGUGAAAUGGGGACAGCAAGAAAUUGUGGCCAAAACAUAUCAAUUGUUAGCCAGAAGGGAGGUCUGGGAUCAAAGUGCUUUGGAUGUUGGAUUAACGAUGCAACUCCUAGACUGCAACUUUUCGGAUGAAAAUGUAAGAGCCAUUGCCGUUCAGAAACUGGAGAGCUUGGAAGAUGAUGACGUUCUGCAUUACCUGCUCCAACUGGUCCAGGCUGUGAAAUUUGAACCAUACCAUGACAGUGCCCUUGCCAGAUUUCUGCUGAAGCGUGGUUUAAGAAACAAAAGAAUUGGUCACUUCUUGUUUUGGUUCUUGAGAAGUGAGAUUGCCCAGUCAAGACACUAUCAGCAGAGGUUUGCAGUGAUCCUGGAGGCCUACCUGAGGGGCUGUGGCACGGCCAUGCUACGGGACUUCACUCAACAAGUCCAAGUAAUUGACAUGUUACAAAAAGUCACCAUUGAUAUUAAAUCACUCUCUGCCGAAAAGUAUGACGUCAGCUCCCAAGUUAUUUUCCAACUAAAGCAAAAGCUUGAAAUCCUGCAGAAUUUGAACCUCCCCCAAAGCUUUAGAGUUCCAUAUGACCCUGGACUGAAGGCAGGCGCACUGGUGAUUGAAAAAUGUAAAGUGAUGGCCUCUAAGAAAAAACCCCUGUGGCUUGAGUUUAAAUGUGCCGACCCUACAGCUCUAUCAAAUGAAACAAUUGGAAUUAUCUUUAAACACGGCGAUGAUCUACGCCAAGACAUGCUUAUUUUACAGAUUCUACGAAUCAUGGAGUCCAUUUGGGAGACUGAAUCUUUGGAUCUGUGCCUCCUGCCAUAUGGUUGCAUUUCAACUGGUGACAAAAUAGGAAUGAUUGAGAUCGUAAAAGAUGCCACAACGAUCGCCAAAAUUCAGCAAAGUACAGUGGGCAACACGGGAGCCUUUAAAGAUGAAGUGCUGAGUCACUGGCUCAAAGAAAAAUGCCCUAUUGAAGAAAAGUUUCAGGCAGCGGUGGAGAGAUUUGUUUAUUCCUGUGCUGGCUACUGUGUGGCAACCUUUGUUCUUGGGAUAGGCGACAGACACAAUGACAAUAUUAUGAUCUCAGAGACAGGAAAUCUAUUUCAUAUUGACUUUGGGCACAUUCUUGGAAAUUAUAAAAGUUUCCUGGGCAUUAAUAAAGAGAGAGUGCCAUUCGUGCUAACUCCAGACUUCCUGUUUGUGAUGGGGACUUCUGGAAAGAAAACAAGUCUACACUUCCAGAAAUUUCAGAACUGGGACCAUGCUCCCUCCUGCUCCCGCCUUGAUGGAGAGUCACGUGCUCUCUCUGACUCCAGCCACAGAGACCCCAGCAUCCGACACUCCUCUGAGGACUGAGGCCACCCCACCAUCACUCCCCAGUCCCAGGCUCCCAUUCCCUUCCUGUGUGAUGACCCCUGCGUUUGUCUACACCUCUGACUGUCUGUACCUGUUGCCCGCCAGGCUGGGCUUUCUCAGCCUCCUGCCCCAUCCUGCUGGAUUCACCAGGCCCUGUUUCUCCCGGUCCACGAGAAUACACCCAUUCAACAACCUUUUGGGACCUGUACCAGAUCCAGGGAGGGCUUGCACCUUUAGUUUAACCCUCUUUAUAUAUGACUGGUCCCUGAUUCACCCUCAUUCUUUUAUUUUUUAAGAUUAUUAUUAUUAUUUUUUUUUAACGUGGACCGUUUUUUUUAAAUCUUCACCGAAUUUGUUACAAUAUUGUUUCUGUUUUAUGUUUUGGCUUUUUGGCCACGUGACAUGUGGGAUCUUGGCUUCCCGAACAGGGACUGAACCCACACCCCCUGCACUGGAAAGUGAAGUCCUAACCACUGGACCACCAGGGAAGUCUCCACCCUAAUUUUAAAGCAGUGAGUCUUGCCCCACACUGAACUUGGCUUUGGCACAGAAAGCAUUCAUCCAUCAUGCACUGGCAGAUUAUUAGCGGUGUGGCGGCCGCACUGCUGGGCACAGCUGGCAUGAGCAGAGGUUCGGCCCAGCGCACGGAAGAAGAGACACGCACACAGCUCUGAGGUUGAGGGUUUUACCCGUGGUUUGCAGAGGGAGCAAUGACUCCUGCCCUGGGGGGUAGAAGAGGGAUGUGGCAAUGAAGGGAGAGUUUUAUCUGAGGCCUUAUCUGAGUUCAGUUGUAUUUUGCCAAGCAGAUGCAGGGAGGGGAAGAAACAGUCAGGCAGAAAGAAGAACAUGAGAAAGGGCAUGGAGUUAUUAUUUAGUAUCAAUAUUUUAUGAACGAAAAGUAUAGUUGUCUGGAAUGGGUUGAACCUAGGUAUAUGUGGGAGAGUAUAGCAGAAUUUGAGUCAAGAAGGGAACUUUGUGUCCAGUUUGAAGCAGUGAAUUGGCUGGAUUGGAAGGUAGAGAGACAAGCAAAGAAACCACUUGGAGCUCAAUUGAUUUAUCACAAAUUAAUGUGAUCAAGGCCUAUUAUAGCUCAACAGGGAGAUGAGUUUAUCUAUUGAAUUGCUAUACCGAGUUGAUAAACGAUCUGCAUCCUCUCAGGAUUUGCACCCUGGCCCACUAAUGACAUGGAGCUCAGCCUCCUCCACCCAGGUCUGAAGCCUGAAGUUUCACCCUUUCUUCACGCUCUCCAUGGGAAUAUGCCCUCAGAGAAGGGUUUGCAUCAGUCAUGGGUAGGAGCUGGAAUAUGUUGGUGUGACUUCUCUGCCAGAUACAGGCUUGCACGGGCUUGUAGAAUUGCUGGAACUUAAGAUAAGCUUUGCUGAAUUUUAUCACUUUUCUGGAAAAGAUAGGAAUACAAGACUGGAGAGAUGGCCUUGGUUUGGAUUUGUGCAUUAAUCCACCAGCAUGCGAUGUCACUCCGUUCCUAAGAUCAGACCCCUGUUACUUCUAAACAUUUAUCAAGAGUAACCUUCCAACUGGCAUCCUUCUCUGUGUUUAGUUUCUCUUAGAGAACUGUUUUGUCUACCAUCAGAAUAUUAUCAAGAACAUUAUUCACCAUGUUACAAAGUAAACUCCUUAUAAAGAUCCUCUUGCAAAAGUUCUAUUAGGUCUUGGUCUCCAGAAAAGCUGUGUUUCUCCUAAACAAAUAGAUUUUUUUUUUUUAAUAUUCUGAACAUUGGAUGAAGUAACAGAUUCACCUUUCCUUUUGACUGAAGAUUUAUUUGAAGGCUGCCCUUAGCAAGUCUGUAGGAUCUGUGAUAUAUAGUUUUAAAUUCAUCUCUUUUCCAAACCCAUUGUGGAUCAUUUCCCGUGUUAUCCCCUUUGCUUUUACUACCCACUUCUAAUUAAUGUUAUUGUGACUCUUAUGUAUCUAAAUAAUCCACCUUCAACCCUCUUUUGGAACAAAGCUAAAAGACAAAUACACACACGCACACACCCCUACAUACAGUCUAUUUAGAAUAUUUAAAGUAGAACAGUUUAAUUGUAACCUUUAGAUUUCUAAUGAGUGCCUAGCCAAGUACUUGAGAAGAAGGCAGUACAGCCCUUCCCCUGGUAGACAGAGCUAGUCUGGGAAUCAUUUCUAUUUCCUUACAACAAUCCUAAGUCAAACUCCGCAAAUGCACAGCAAAGAGUUGGACACACUCUUCUUUCAGAUUUACCAGAUUCCUACAUUGUUAGGUCUGCUAAUUAGUGACCCUCUCUGUUUUGCCAAAAUAACUUCUAAAGGCAUUGCUGAGUCAAGUGAAUUAUUUUUAUUUAAAGAAAUGAAAUCCUCUUCAAAUGAAAUAUCAUUUUCCCUGUUGUCUCCUUCCUCUAAUAAAACAGAGGCCACAUUACUAAUUAGGAAAAGUAGGUGGGUGAGAGCAUUUCUGUCUCAUUGACGAGUAUUUGUGAGUGUUAUUUUUCCCUCUCCUCUCAGCACUAAAUUCUUUUUCUGGAGUUUCUGUUUUAUGACCCUGAGGUCACUUCCUCAUUCCUAUGGCCGUGUACAGUAGUAUUUUACUUCCUCUUUGUUUCUAGUUGAGAAUGGAGGCAUUUGGUUUUAAGAAAAAGUAGAACUAUUUCACAAGAUGUUGGACCAUUUAAGCAGCCAUAGCUCACUGGUGGUUAAAAAAUUAAUAGAUUAUGCAUAGAAAGGACUUUGUUUUCAGCAGAGUGAACUGAUAAGUUGAUGCUGAAUCAAGUCAAAGUGUUGACCCUGAAAUGGUUAUGAAUUCCUUUGUUCCUAAGACUUACAAGAAGGGUAGCUCUGGAAAGGAAUCUUUCUUUUGGUUCUUGAUAUUGUCAGUGAAGCUAUUUGAAUCAACUCUGAAAUAAAGAGCAGAUGUACUAUGUAGGCUCAAUCUACUUAUUCAUGAGUAGUGGUCCAGCCAAUGACAGUAAUAAUGUUACACUGUUCCCUGGGCUCACACUUGUUAACAAGUGCCUUAAACCAAGUCCUCCAAAUCAGGGUCUUCCCUUCCCCCUUCUCCUCCGCUCAGUAGUACAAAGCCUCAACCGACAGCUGAGAAGGAUAGAAUGAGGAUGCCUGAGGCCAGUGCCCCACAGUCCCGGCACAAGGGAAAAUUCUGUUGCUACAGCCAGCAAUUUCUGCAUUCUGUGCUUCCUCCUGAGUUCCCCCAAGCCACAUCCUCACAGCUGCUCAAACCAGAGGCCUGUGCUGAGACAGCAUGGUCAGGACGUUGGGAAAGACCCUUCAUCUGAGUCUUAAAUCAAACCCCUGGGGUUUGGGUGGAAGGAACGAGUGUCCAUCGGAGCCCCUGCUGGCUAGAGAACCUCCUAUAGAUGUAGCUGAGUGCCAUAGGCUUCCAUUGUCCUGCCCACCUCGGGGGCCAGAACCAAGACACCCCCUCCAUCAACACUGGUGGGAGUGGGGCUUAUCUCCCCAGCUAACCACACCCCUAGGUCUCUGCUGUCAGAGGGAUACUUUGGACAGGUCUAGAUGGCAAGGUGAACUCCUCAGCACUGAGAAGUGUGUGCUCAGUCAGGCAACACCUCAUCCUGUCAGUAAUAGCCAACCGCUUACAACAGCACUUGAAUCUCACCACAGCUGCAUGGCAUGGGGAUAUUGUUACUGUUAUUCAGAUUCUGAGAUGAGGAAACUGAGGUCCAGAGAGGUUAAAUAACCUCUCUGAUGACAAACAGCUUGUCGGUAAUAAAGUCAAGAGUUCAAUCCAAGCAGUGAAGUGUGACUCUGUGUUUUUAACCACUGCCCUGCACACCUUUAAGCAAAGGAUAAUUAAAUCUGUACCACAUCUCUAAGUCUGCACCACCAGUCAGAACUUAGACAUUGUGUCUUACCAAUAUGGGGUGUGUGGUCGUUCUUACAGAAGUGGCCCUUGCCUGUGAAAAUUAGAAUUAACUAAAUAAAUUCAAGCCAGCAGAAAGUCCUCAUAUAGAAGAGAUGACUCUGGAGAGCAAUGGAACAGUUUUUUCCUUUAUGUGUGUCUCUGUGGCUACAAUGAUUAGUGGAUAGGUGCAUAGCCACUUAAAUAUUUUCUGAGCACCUAUGGAUUGGUGUUAUAAUAACCCAAUCCUAGAUUUAUUUUUCGCCUCAAAAUUAUUCUGUUAAAGAGCUUGACCACACAGUGGGUUCAGACAGCAGAGGGUUUGCCCAGAGCCCUCCAUAUACAGAAAGCUAGAAGAUGAUUAAAAAUUAGAACGUCACCUAAUUCAAAAUCAGAAGGUAUCCUCAUCUCCAUCCUUGUGAAGACUGUGCAAGUUGGCACAUUAACAAAACUGUUGCCCGGGGUGAAGUCUGCUUCUAGCCUGUAUCAUUACCAAGAGAUGAGAGAGAUGUCAGUGGAUCCUGCUGCUGCUGCUGCUAAGUCGCUUCAGUCGUGUCCGACUCUGUGCAACCCCAUAGACGGCUCCUCCGUCCCUGGGAUUCUCCAGUAAAGAACAUUGGAGUGGGUUGCCAUUUCCUUCUCCAAUGCAUGAAAGGAAAAGUGAAAGUGAAAUCGCUCAGUCGUGUCCGACUCUUCGUGACCCCAUGGACUGCAGCCUACCAGGCUCCUCCGUCCAUGGGAUUUUCCAGGCAAGAGUCCUGGAGUGGGUUGCCAUUGCCUUCUCCACAGUGGGCCCUAGGGAUGAGCAAAAGACAAUGAUUUCCAGCCGUAAGUGGAGUCAUUAAGAAUGCAAGCGUGCUAAUGCACCAGGGCCACUUCCAGGGCAAGGUGAUGGCUGGGUCACGCCAGGAACAGCCCCAACAGUGCUGUGGGUCUGUGGGUCUCCUGCUUUGUGGUGGCUAAGCAGAGAGGAGAUGCAGAGUUGCUCUCCCCUCCAGGUAGGGAAGGGAGAGAACGAACAUUUAUUGAAUCCUCCCAAUAGGCCAGCCUCUAUGCUGGGCAUUUGAUACAUAUUGUCUGACUUCAAAAAUGCCAGAAGAGUCCAUGGGAUUUUGUGUCUGGACAGGGUGAUAUAUACACAAUCCAGCCUUGACAUACAGAAUGACAGAGGCCUGACCCCCACAAUCAUUGCAGUUACAUUGCCCCAUUCAGGCGACACAGACAAGACCAUCUCUAAAGACAAAAGGAAAAAUCACUACUAACAUUUUGGCCUGUAAACUUACAUUUUUUUUUCCUAUGUAUAUAUUUUGUGUCCACUUACCAAAAUGGGAUUAUACUAUAUGUGUUGCUCUGUACCUGCUUUUUAACUCAUUUUUACAUGCUUAUUAUAUACCCUUCUACAGAGUCAUUUAGUAGUUUCAGAGCAUGAAGCCACAGAAACUUUCAUAAACCCUUCUUAUCAACCUCCAAGUGUAGGAUAUUUAGGUUGCUUUCAAGUUUCUACAAUAUUAAAUAAUGUUCUAAUGAAAAUCCUUAUAGAUAAAUCCCUGCAAUAUUAACAAAAACAUUUCAGGGUAAAUUCCUAGCCUGGAAUUGCUAAGUAAAAAGAUGCUGACAUUUUUUAAGUCAAGUUUGUACUGGAACAUAGUUGAGAGAACAGAAUUCAGUCUUUUUAGGUGUGCAAUUCUAUGAAUUUUGACAAAUGUAUCAGUUAUGUAACCAUCACAAUUAAGUUUUAUAACAUUUAUAAGUAUUUUAAAGCUUUUGAUACAUGUUAGCAAGUUGUCUGCUAGUGAAAGUAUAACCAUUCCCAUCUACCAUCAGCUUAUGAAAGAGAACAUUGAAUAUUAUCCUUAAAAAUUAAAAAAAAAAGACUUUUCAGUUUGGUAGGUGAAUGUUUCCACCUCAUCUUAAGUUAUAUUUAUUUGAUGGACUAAUGAAGUUGCAUGUGUUUUUCAAAUGUUUAUUAUCUGGCUUUACAUCUUGUAGUAUGAUAUACUGUGGCCAUCCAGGGUGGAACUAGUGAUAAAGAUCCCUCAUGCAGGAGACAUAAGAGAUGCAGGUUCAAUCCUUGGGUUGGGAAGCUCCCCUGGAGGAGGGCAUGGCAACCCCCUCCAGUAUUCUUGCCUGGAGAAUUCCAUGAACAAAGGAUCCUGGUGGGCUGCAGACCAUGUGGUGAAGAGUCAGACAUGAUGGAAAUAAGUUAGCAUGCAUGCAUGAUCUACUGUAACCUUGGCCUACAUUUCUAGCCAACUCUUUGCCUCUUUCUUACUGCUUUGUAAGAAUUAUGGGGGUGGGGGGGAGGCUAGGAGUAAAGAAGUGAUCUGUCAUUUGCAAGUAUGUUUUUUGUUUUUUGCCUCUUUUAAUAUUGUUUAUAGCUUUUUAUCCUCAAAAAUUUGAAGUUUCCAUAAUUUCUCCAUCUUCCAUUUGGAUUCCACCUUGGAAAUCAUCUUCUUGAAGUCCUUCCUUUCUCAUUUCCUGAUUAUUUAAAAAAUAUUUUCCCUUCUUACAUUUUUUUCAAACUUUACUUUUUUAAAAAAUAUUUUUUUAUUUGACUGCACUGGAUCUUAGUUGUGGCAUGCAGGAUCUUCAGUCUUCACUGUAGAUUGUGGAAUCUUGUAGUUGUGGCAUUCAAACUCUAGCUGCAGCAUGUGGACCUACUUCCCUGACCAGGGAUCGAAACCAGGCCCCCCACAUUGAGAGCAUGGUGUUUUAGCCACUGGACCACCAGAGAAGUCUCCCCUUCUUAUAUUUAAAUGUUUAAGUCUUUUGGAAUUUGUUUUGGUAUAUCAUAUGGAAUCAACUUUAUUUCUCCCCCACUCCAAAUUAUAAGGCAAUUGUACCAGAUCCAUUGAUAAAUAAUAGAUAUUUCCCCUACUAAUCUGAGAAGUAGCCUUUAUUUUAUGUUUACUAAGUAAUAUAUAAUAUUUAAAGUUAGAUAUCUCUGAACUUUCCCUACUGUUUCACAAAAUUUGUUAUCUUUCUUGGAACAGAACAGUUACAAAUAUCAUAACCUUAUAAUGUGCUUUAACAGCAAGCAAUGUUUUUUGUUACUAUAGUUUUUCAAAAUGUUGCCUCAGGCCCUAAUUAUUCCAGAAAAACUUAAAAGCUUAUCUGAGUUUAAAUAUCUAAUAAGAAUUUUUAUUCAAUUUCAUUAUAUUUAUAUAUUAAUCUGAGAACAUUUAUCUUUAUAAUAAGCACUUUUAUCAGUGAGGAACAUGCCUUAACACUUCACAUGUUCAAGUUUUCUUUUACAUGCUUCAGUGAAUUUCUACAGUUUUAAAAAAUGAGUUCUGCAUGUUUUUUGUAUAGGUGUUUACCUCAGAAAUCAUGAGGGGUUUGUUACCAUUAUUCACAAAAUGUCUUUUCUCUUUACUUUCUAGCUGGUAGCUCCUACUUAUAGCAUUCUAUUUAUUAAUUUCAUAAAAAGUUAGUUUAAUAAAAACUAAUUUCAAUAGUAUUUUAGUUCUUCCCUCUGUCAAUGUUCCAAGAAGACAAUUGUUAUUUGUAAUUACUAAUGAUUUUACCUUCAACUUUCUAAUUUUAUGCAUUUCUUUUCCCCCAACUCAUUAUUCAAAAUGGUCUUGACUGGUAAUUUCAUAUAAUUCUUCACAUUAUUACAUGUUUAUUAUAUAUUAAGUUACAUGUUACUUUUAUAAAACUCAAAAGUGGAUUUUAUCCCAGUACCUUAUGAUGAACUACCUUGCAAUUUUGUGAUAAACCCUAGUUGGCUAUGGAGUGUUAUUCUCUCAACACUUUACCCAGUAUUUUAUUUAAAAUUUUUAAGCCCAUAAUCAUUCCUUUCAGUUUUCUUUAACACACCAUCUUUGUCAAAUUAUGAUAUAAAGAUUGGGCUAUCCUCAUGUUGUAAAGUUGGGAACCUUGUAGCUUUUCCUCACAUUGGAACAAUUUGACAUGCACAUGCCUGCUGCUUCAGAAGUGAGUUUAAAACACCUGUGUCACCCACUCUAAGGCUUUUAGAGGAGGCAGCAGCUGUGUCAUUGUCGUAAACUCUCUCUCAGUAUUCAGAGUUUAUAUUAAAUUUCCAAAUGUCAUUCAACAAUUUUGAGAGUCAAUGAAAAGCUAAUUCAUCUGUUUUCUUA